GUGUGAUCAGAAUGAGUGGAUUAGGGGAGAACUCCUUGGACAGCAUGACCAGUGAUUCAAGAAAACGCAAGCCAUUGCCCUGCGAUACCCCGGGACCAGGUCUGAUCUGCAGUGGAGAGAAACGUCGACGUGAACAGGAAAGUAAAUAUAUUGAAGAACUGGCUGAGCUGAUAUCUGCUAAUCUGAGCGACAUUGACAAUUUCAAUGUCAAGCCGGAUAAAUGUGCAAUUUUAAAGGAAACUGUUAGACAGAUACGGCAGAUAAAGGAGCAAGGAAAAACAGCUUCCACUGAUGACGAUGUACAGAAGGCUGAUGUAUCUUCGACAGGUCAAGGGGUUAUUGAUAAGGAUUCAUUGGGACCUCUUCUGUUACAGGCAUUAGAUGGCUUCUUAUUCGUAGUAAAUCGAGAUGGGAACAUUGUAUUUGUAUCUGAAAAUGUCACUCAGUAUUUGCAAUAUAAACAAGAGGACCUGGUUAAUACAAGUGUUUACAGUAUUUUGCAUGAAGAGGACCGGAAGGAUUUUCUUAAAAAUUUACCAAAAUCUACAGUGAAUGGAGUUUCUUGGACCAAUGAAGCACCUAGACAGAAGAGUCAUACAUUUAAUUGUCGCAUGAUGGUAAACACUGUACAUGAUCUUCUGGAAGAUGUAGGGAACAACCAAGAUACACAUCAAAGAUUUGAAACCAUGCAAUGUUUUGCUUUAUCACAACCAAGAGCCAUGCUGGAAGAAGGUGAAGAUUUGCAGUCCUGUAUGAUAUGUGUGGCACGCCGUAUCUCGGCAGUAGAAAGGGUAUUUUCAGCAAAUACAGAGAGCUUUGUUACUAGACAUGACCUUUCAGGUAAACUUGUUAACAUAGAUACAAAUUCUCUAAGGUCCAUGAGACCUGGAUUUGAAGAUACAAUUCGUCGUUGUAUUCAGAGAUUUUUAUGUCAAAAUGAAGGACAGCCCUGGUCAAACAAACGCCACUAUCAUGAAGCUUAUAUGCAAGGUCUUGCUGAAACUCCACUCUAUCGAUUCUCCUUAGCUGAUGGAACAAUAGUGACAGCACAAACAAAAAGUAAAUUGUUCCGGAACCCCGUUACCAAUGACCGGCAUGGGUUUAUCUCCACCCACUUUCUUCAAAGAGAACAAAAUGGAUAUCGACCAAAUCCCAGUGCAAUGGGACAGAACAUCAGAAUGCCUACAACUGCAAGUACAAAUUCAGUCAGUGGUGUUAUGAACAUGUCAUCUGGGCAAAAUAUACCUUUGCAGAACAGGAACUAUGGUAUGGGAGAUCCUAACUUAAUGGGGCAGAUGAGUGGUGCUAGAUAUGGAGGUCCUGGAAACAUGGGACCAGUGAACUCCGGACAAGGAAUACAGUCUUCUCCUUAUCAGAGUAACUAUGGAUUAAAUAUGAGCAGCCCACCACAUGGGAGCCCAGGCUUGACUUCCAGUCAACAGAAUUUAAUGAUAUCCCCUAGGAAUCGUGGGAGUCCAAAAGUGAAUUCACACCAAUUUUCUCCUGUAGCAGGUGUGAACUCUCCAAUGGGAACUGCCAGCAACACUAGCAACAACAAUUUUUCAAGCAGCUCACUUAGUGCUCUUCAAGCUAUUAGUGAGGGAGUUGGAACUUCCCUUCUGUCUACUCUUUCUUCACCAGGCCCAAAACUAGACAAUUCUCCAAAUAUGAAUGUUUCUCAGCAAAGUAAAAUGGGUAACCAGGAUUCAAAGAGCCCUCCUGGCUUGUUUUGUGAGCAAAAUCAAGUGGAGAGUUCUAUGUGUCAGUCAAACAGCAGGGACUCCCAUAGUAACAAAGAGAUCAAAGAAGAGGGCCUUGAAGGCUCUGAUCAGAGAGGACUACCUGAAAGCAAAGGGCAUAAAAAACUUCUCCAGUUGCUAACUUGUUCCUCAGAGGACAGGGGACACCCUACACUGUCAAACUCCCCUUUGGACUCCAGUUGCAAAGAACCUUCUGCCAAUGCCACAAGCCCUUCAUCUGGAGUCUCGUCUUCUACAUCUGGAGGGGUCUCUUCUUCUUCAAACAUGCAAGAGAAGCAUAGGAUUUUGCAUAAAUUGCUGCGGAAUGGUAAUUCUCCAGCAGAAGUGGCAAAAAUCACAGCUGAAGCUACUGGUAAAGACACAUACCACGACAAUAGCGCUGUUUCCUGUGGCGAAGGAACAGUCAAGCAAGAACAAAUGAGUCCUAAAAAGAAGGAAAACCAUGCCCUCCUUAGAUACUUGCUUGACAAGGAUGAUGUAAAAGAUCCUCUUUCAAAAGACAUUAAACCUAAAAUAGAAAAUUUGGACAGCAAGAUGGGACAGUGCUGUAGUUCUGCCAUAACUACUUCAAGUCAAGAAAAAGAGAUGAAAAUAAAAACAGAACCCAGUGAAGAGAUGAGUGGAGAUUUGGUGGAUAAUUUAGAUGCAAUUUUGGGUGAUCUAACUAGCUCAGAUUUUUGCAGUAAUCCAAUGUCUACAAAUGGAAAUAACAUGGGGAAUAAGCAACCAUUGUGCCAAGCAAAUGCACCACUGGGUAUGAGAAGUCCCCAAUCUAUGCAGGCCACCCGUCCUCCUUUCAACAGAGCCUUGUCUUUAGACAGCCCCAUAUCAGUGGGAUCAAGUCCGUCUGUGAGGAGUGUUAAUACAUUCUCCAUACUACAGAAGCAAAACAUGAUGGGUGGGAGUCCAAGAAUGAUGGAAAAUCAGGAAAAUUUUGCAACUAAUAUGGGGGGACCUAACAGAAAUAUGCCUAUGAAUCAGCAUUCAGCAAGUGACUGGAGCCUACAAAAUUCAAAAGUGAGCAGAAUGGAACCUAUUAGUUCUGGUUCAAUGCCAAGACCAGGACCAGACUGCAACCCAGCCCUUGCCAGAUCUUCAGUUGGUGGUCCCAUGCCUGGUUUACCCAUGAGGUCAAAUAGUAUGCCUGGCACCAGAUCCAUGCUCCAACAGCAGAUGAUCCAUAUGAGGCCAAAUGAAAUUAAUAUUGGUAUGGGAGGGAAUCCUUAUGCACAUCAAGGGCCAUCUAACCAUCCAAAUGCAUGGCCUGACAACAUGCUUUCCAUGGAGCAAGGACCUCGAGGUUCACAAAACAGGCAACUAGUUAGGAAUUCUUUGGAUGAUCUUCUGUAUGCUGCUCCAAAUGUUGAUGGCCAAAGUGAUGAAAGGGCUCUUCUAGAUCAAUUGCAUACAUUGCUGAGUAACACAGAUGUCACAAGCCUUGAAGAAAUUGAUAGGGCCUUAGGAAUUCCUGAUCUUGUAAAUCAAGGGCAAGCUUUGGAACCCAAACAAGAAUCAUUUCAUGGCCAAGAAUCUACUGUAAUGAUUGACCAGAAGCCUCCAGUAUAUGGUCAGCCAUACCAGGGCCAGGGAGCUGCCCUGCCAGGGGGUUUUGGUAGCGUGCAAGGCCAACAGGCAGCCUUUAAUUCUGUGAUGAAUCAGAUGAAUCAGCAGGGCAGUUUUCCAAUGCAAAGUAUGCAUCCCCGAGCAAAUGUCAUGAGGCCCAGAACCAACACACCAAAGCAACUUCGGAUGCAGCUCCAACAGAGACUUCAAGGGCAACAGUUUUUGAAUCAGACUCGUCAAACACUUGAUAUAAAAAUGGAGAACCCCAACUCUGGUAGUGCAUCAGUGGUGAGACCUGUUAUGCCCCCACAAAUGGGCUCGCAACAAGGCUUCCUUAAUGCUCAGAUGGUGGCACAGCGAAACAGGGAGAUAAUAAGUCACCACAUCCGACAGCAAAGGAUGGCCAUGAUGAUACAGCAGCAACAGCAGCAGUCUCAAGCCUUCAGUCCUCCCCCGAAUGUUACCACCUCAGGAAGCAUGGAUGGUGCUGUUACAGGCCCUCCGAUGGCUCCAGUCCCAUCCCAGCAAUUUUCAUACCCGGCCAAUUAUGGAAUGACCCAGCAACCAGACCCUGCCUUUAGCAGAGUAUCAAGCCCACCAAAUUCCAUGAUGGCUCAAAGAAUUGGACCCACACAAAAUCCCAUGAUGCAGCAUCCUCAGGCUGCACCAAUGUAUCCAACUCCUGAAAUGAAGGGCUGGCCAUCAGGAAAUAUGGCCAGGAGCAGCUCUUUUCCACAGCAACAGUUCAGCCAUUCAGGGAACCCUGCAACUUACAACAUGAUGCACAUGAACAGCAAUGGUGGUCACAUGGGACAAAUGAAUAUUAAUACUAUGCCUAUGUCAGGAAUGCCCAUGGGUCCAGACCAGAAAUACUGCUGACAUCUCCAGCUAUGAUCUCCUAACAGGCUGAUGCCAUAGAUGAUGGUGAACUAAGUAUUACAAAAAAAAAAGUGCACGCGAACUUCAUGGCAACAUGUAGCCUUAUGGAAAUACCACUUCUUUUUACCGUGAAGAUGUCAUAAGUGACUUCAUGGGUUAUGGACCUUUGGGUGGUGAGGGAUAGGAGGAGGAGGAGAAGCAAAGUAUCACUGUAUAAUGUACAAAAAGAAAAGAGAAAGGGUGAUUUUUUUUCUGGCACUCUGCCUUUAGCAACGUGCGUUUGGCAAUGCCAUUUGAGUAAAUGUGUUGGAUAGACACGGUGUGUAUCAGUUCUAUUUACUGUAGCUAUCCAAAGCCCUUUAACUACAGGCAGACCAAAGUGCCUGGAAAAUACUUGGUAAUAGUCUUGAGUUCUCUAGUAAGAGCCUCUGAUAGAAUGUAGUUUCUGGCCUUGAUUUAAAAACAAAACAAUGCUCUGAACAUUCAUGCUGCUGUUCAAUCUCACUCCCAGGUGUUGGAACUCUUGACGUGCAAGUGGCAAUGCAAAUGAGCCGUUGCAGCCUUUGAAUCACGUUCUUUGGCGCCAAAGGGGUAUGCAGAGAUUAAAUAUGUAUAAUCAUGAUAAUAGAUUUCCAUAUUGAUGUGCAGUUUUGUGCACUUUAUAAAAUGCUGUAUGUAGUGGGUUACUGCAAUACCUAUAAUAAUGAAUCAAUGGAUAUUAAAGUAGGCGAGUUCUUGCCCCCUUUCAAGCCCA